AUGCAUGGCCUGGAUGAAUGUGCCGCGGUCCCCCAGUUCAUCAUCAUCACCCUUCAUAUUUGUCUCAUUGGCAGCUCCACGCUAGAAGUUCCUUUAGAAGAAGGAGAAGAAAAUACCAAUUUAUCAGAUAAUGGCUGUAAUUCAUUUGCAGCCAACUUGCCAUCAAGACAUAUUGACAACAAGAAAGACGUCAAGUUUUCUAAAACAACGCAGAAGAGAAUGUCGCAUGAAAUUAGGGGUUUGAGACUAGAAUACAAAAAAAUGAAUGAAACAACAAUAUUCCUGUGUGGAGAAGAAAAAUCCUCUGAUUUUUCAGGAGAAAAAAAGAUCAAGAGAAAGAAAAGUUUUCAAGGACAAUUGCAUACUAAAAGAACUGAGAUUGCCUCUUCCUCAGUGAAGCUGUCGAAGGAGAAGAUGACUAGGGAAGAAAACUCUUUAUUCAAGUUGCCGAAUCAGUACAGUGUUCAUAAGACUUUAUCACCCUUUUGUACAUCUUCCUCAAUUAUUCGGAAAAGGGAAAUGAUUUCUAGCCUCUACAAGACAUUCUAUAAUCAAGUACCUCAAGGAGACUUAUACUCACAAGAAUUAAGUGCACUUCAGAAGGCCUGUAAAAUUUUCAGCAAAAUUCAAAGUGGUAAGAUUUAUGUGAAUGAUCUGCCAAUGAUCCAUCAUACCUUGAAGAUUUCUAUAAGUGAUUCAGAAAUGCGAAAGGCACUAAAGACUAUUGAUAUUGAUGCAUUCCAAAAUGCCUUGAAGAUUUUCUGUAGGAUAAAAAGUGGUCGAGUUGCAACUGAUGAACUGGCUGCUGUUUUGGAUAGCAUGGAUAUCCCUGUAAUCCCUGAAACUUUUCAGGAAGUGAUAAAACAUGCUAGUAUAGACAGUAACCACAGGGUGGAUAUUAGAGAUAUUAUAUUUACUUUGGAUGAACUACAGCACCAGUAUGAGAAUUUUUCAAUUAUGGAAUGGUCAGGCUUGGAUGAAUUUCCUUCUAACAGAAAGUUAUCAAAUAUAUCAGAAUGCUAUCUACAAUAUAGGAAGAAAAGCACUUUAUCUUCCAGACUGUUGGAACCAUCAUUAUUCCCAAAGUUAAAUAAAAAAACCCUCCAACAUCAUAAAAUUAUGGAGGACAAUGAUUACCUUGAAUUUAAAAGAUCAAAAAAUCCUUCGCAAAUAAAAAAAUUCCUAAAUGGGGUUGAUAGCAGUAAUACAGGAUUCCAGGAACCAUAUUCAAAGGAUGGCAUAAACUUUAAGAAAUAUUCAGAGAAGAUUGAAAUUCAUGACUCAAAGUCUAUACCACAUAACUUGAAGAGUAUUACAAGCCUCAAAAAGUCUCUGGAUAAAAGUGAUACUUUUAGUAUCCCCAAACUUCAGAAGCCAACUGUGAGAAGGCAUUCCAGCCCCCUAAAACAGGUUUCAUUAAAGGAAAAAGCUACAACGAAUGCUCUGGAAAAUAUCUGUGAAGCUAUCAGUAAACUCCAAGAAAAUUACAUUGCUGCAGAAGAACUUAAGUCCAUUUUGCCUUCAAUAGGAAUUACUUUAUCAGACAAAGUGUUCAAGAAGAUUGUGACAGACACUACUCAAAAUGAAAGUGGAAUGGUGACCUUAGAUGACUUUAUGAAUGCUCUCGCCAUAGACCAAAGUCUUCCUGAAUAUGAUGAUAGAGACUUAAUAGUCCUGAAAUCCUCAGGCAAGCCAUUUGCCAGUUUUUUAAAGACUUGUUCUAUCAAGAAGGCGAAUUUUAAAGAAUUCAUUGAUAUAAUGAUGACCAAUACGGAACGCUUCUCUGAAAAAUUAUUAUUGCCUGAGACUAUUGAAAACCUCCACAAUCUCAGCAAAGAAAAGAUGAAUGCUUCUUACCUGUGGAACACUCUGUCCAGGAAGAAUAAUAACUUGAAAAAAAAAGAAUUCCUAGAUGCACUGAAAUUAGCAAUAAUUGAUGAAGAUGAUGAAGUACAAGUAGAAGAAUUUGGAAAAGUGGUAAAGGAUAUGCGUGAUGCCUCCAGGUUAAAAGAGUUACAGGACAUUGUCUUAGCUCUUGAUGUGCUUGAAGGUGACAUGAUACCUGGGAAGAACUUGGAGAGCUUUCUAAGAAAUAUUGGGAUUAAGUCACCUGAAGAAGAGAGAGAGAAAAUUCUUCAAUCAGAUUUUGUUUCUGACGACAACAUGGUGAAUGUUAAAGACUGUAUGAAGGCUUUGAAGGACAACCAGAAAUUUUCCAAUUUUCUUGAUUUUAGGAAAGAAGCUUUGUCUUCAAAUCUGAGACUACCAAAAGCAGAUGCUACACAGCUACUCUUAGCUACUACCCAAAUUCUCCAGAAUGAUCUAAUUGAUGCCUCUGAACUCAAAGCAUUAUUGGUGAACAAUGACUUUUAUGCAGCUAAUGUUUUACUUAAUGAAGUGUUAAGACAUGAACCUGAACCUGAAAAUGGCAAGAUUACCAUUCAAGAAUUUUUAACUAAGUUCUGUAAUACAUUGAGAAUUCCUAAAGUCGCAGGUGAGUUUUACUUAAUAUGUAUCCACUGCCUAUAUCUGGAAGGACAGGCAGUGGUUUUCAGUAAGACAACACAGGAACAGAUAGUUAAAACACAGGUGAGUAAGAAACAAUAGAAGAUAAAACAAUACAGUAUUGGGUUAUAUAAUUUUUGUACAGAUUAUAUGGCAAAGACUGCUCAGCUUUCCCCAAACUCAGAAUUGUGGGUAGUUUUACUCUAG